AAAACAAUCAAAGACAACCAUCUCAAACAAUCGAAGACUUAUAAUUAAGUCGUCUGACAAGUUUUCCAGCUGAAAGACUUAUAAUUAAGUCGUCUGGAAAGUCUUCUAGCCGGAGAAAUUGAGUGUAUUAUUGUUUUCUUAUUUGUGCUAGGGGAAAUUGAGUGUAUUAUUUUUUUUUGUCAAUGGUAACCAUUAGUUUUGGAUAAUUUGUUAUUUAGUUAAAACCUAGAAUUUUGUAUAUGUAUUUUAUUUUUGGAUUGUAAAUUUAUUAUUUUAUUUUAUCACGUAUUUUGCUUAUAUUUUGCUAAUGUUUACUUAUAUUUUGCUUAUGUUUUGUUGAAAAGAAAUAAUGGUUACCAUUGACAAAAAAACAAUAAUGUUUAAGCAACCCAAUUUUCUAGCCGCCUGUCAAACACUUGUCAAAUAAAUGAACCAAUUACUUAUAUGCAUUAACUUAAUGGAUGUUUGAAUUGAUAAUGUAUUACUUAUAAAGAUUUGUAAAAUUAUUAUGUCCGCACGUGCGGAUUUAAUACCUAGUUUAUUGUUAAAAUAAAAAAAUUCACACAGAAUAAUACCCCAUUCGUUUUAUAAUACACUAAAAACAUCAUAAAAAUACACUAACUAUAUCAAAUAAACAUAUUUUUUCUAAAACAUACACUAAGAAAUCAUACAAAUAUGAAAGUUUUCCAAACAAAAAAAUCCUCUUUGGUUUCUAUAAUAUCAUUGUUAUUAAAUUUGAUUGUUUUAAUUAUGGAAAAUUAUGUAAGAGACCAUCACUGAUAGUGUCUUAUUUCUCUAUAUUUAAAAAAAUUGAAUCUAAAUCUAAAAUCUAAAGCAACCGUAAAAUUACGAGUACCAAAAAAUAUCUAAAAAAAAAAUAUGUAAUUUGAUUAUUUUUGAAUAUUUUCAAGAUAUAUGGAUAUUAUUUUUAGAUAUCUUCAGAUAUAUUCGGGUAUAAAAAAUUAUGAUUACCACAUCCUUACUAAUGCAUACAAGUUGCUUACGUAAGAUCAGUUGAUACAACGUAAACACUUAAAAUAUCACCACUAUACUCGGGUCCCGACAAGUGCUCUCGAUCCAAAAAAGACACGACACAAAGUAUCCUCAAAGUUUGGAGAAAAACACUCUCUUCCUCACGCCAAAUAAAAGACACCAAAUCAAACUUACAGAUGUCAACUCUAUAUAAACCUCACACCAUAGAUCCAUAACCAAGCAUCCUCAUCUACCAUCGAUCAACACAAUGUCUUCUUCUACCUCACUAACUCUCAUCUUCUUCUUCGCUUCUGCCUUCCUCUACACUCCAUCAAACUCAUUCAACAUCACAACCAUCUUAAGCCAAAACAAAGACUUCUCCACUUUCAACAAACUCCUCUCCCAAACCGGACUCGCUUCCACCAUCAACUCCCGCCAAACCAUAACCGUCCUAGCCCUCGCCAACGACGCAGUGUACCUGUUCGCCGACCAAUCAAUGGAAGACAACAAGGUAAUCCUCAGCCUCCACGUCAUUCUCGACUACUACGACAUCAAGAAACUCAAGAGCCUUAGCAAGAAAACAGCGAUACUCACCACUCUCUUCCAACAAAGCGGCCAAGCCAAAGGCCAGCAAGGGUUCGUAAACGUCACCGUUAAGGAUAACGGCGACAUUGCGUUCGGAUCCGCGGUUCGUGGUUCGCUCCUUGACUCUCAGCUUAUAGACUCGGUUGCGUCAGAGCCGUUCAACAUCUCGGUGCUUCAUAUUAGUAGCUAUAUACCUUUGAUGAAUCCUAAUCCUUCUGAUAAAAUUUAUACUUCGUCUUCACCACUUCCUGCACAAGCUCCUAAUGAUGAUGAUUAUGAGUAUGACGAGCCACCAUCCCCACCGUCCCCACCAUCCUCCUCUGCUAAGGCUAAGGCUCCUGCUGCUGCUAAGGCUGCUGCUGCUGCUCCGAAGGCAUCUGCUAGCAAAGCCAACUCAACAAGUUCAGCUUCAGUUAUUAAUUCUCAGCUUGACUUGCCGUUUGCGGUCGUGAUGUCAUCCUUCUGGUUGUUCAUGACGGUUUAAUGACAUGAUGGUUAAAAGUUGACAACAGUGUGAAAGGAUGAAAAAAGAUCAGAUCAGAUUUUUGAGACCAAGAAAAUAAAAGAAGAUUGGCAGGGAAAAGAGUUCAAGUUAUCACCCAAAACACUAAAGAAGGAGCAAGCUUGGGUCACAAGAAGAAAUAAAGCGAGUGCAAUAAGGAUGGAGAAAGUUGUAAAACUCAAAAACUCUUUAUUUGUUUGGAAGCUUGGAUAUGAUCUUUAUUAUGUUGUGAAAGAUAAUAAUUGGUGUUUUGGCUUUUCUGACUAAAUGGUGCAUUGUUUUUUGUUC